AUGGCUGCAGAGCCUAAUGUUAUACUCCGCGUCAUCGAUGAACUCCGGACCGAUGCCAGUCUUGACUAUCAGACUCGGCAGCGAGCUGCAUACAUUUCUACCUCCUUUUCCGUCCAUGGCAACAAGUUCAGACUCAUGGCUCAGGCUGCGGCUUUGGACGUUGGCGAAUUCGAGAUUCCCUUCCCACACCUGAUUCAUAAUUCGGACGAAAAUAAGCAGACACUUGUCCAACUGCAUGGCAAGAACCUACAAGCAGUCAUGUCUGAAUAUGAUGUGAAACCUAGUAUUGCGGAUUUCGAAGGCCAUCCAGUCAACCUAUUCAGCAUGAUCGAUGGCGACAUCAACACCAUUCUCAAGGGGCAGAGAUUGGCUAAAUUCCAUCGCGCUCUCUUGAAAGCGGAAACCACCGCAAAUAAUGAUCUGUCCAGAGCGACCAGAAAGUAUGGCUAUCACUACAUCUUCAGAGUCGGCCUCUCACACUACUAUUUGGCGAAAACCAUUGCCGAGCAUGUCAACUUCUGGAAGACCGAUGACCGUGGGGUGGCAUACGGCGCUCAGACACAGGCGUUGUGCUACCAAGCUAUGGAGACAAGAAUCUGCUUGACCGAUAAUGCGAAGAACUCCAUAAUUCGCAUGACAGGAAGCCGCCCGGAAGAUGCUCGCCGUUUCUGGUCUUUUCUGGAGCACCAGCGAGCGGCGUACACUGUCAUGAGAGGCUGCAUAGCGCUUCUA